UAGUUCUCUGCAACUACUGGCUGGAAUUCAAGGAAACUUUAUGGGAAUCAUCAAUAUCAAGAGGAGAUGCGCAUAUUGUCGGCUUGUUCCGGUCAGACCCUUUAACUCAAAGUUAUGGCCCUUGAUUAGUUAUGUAGUAUGCAUAUAGGGUAAAAAUCGUUUCCGCACUACUUCUCUGCAACUGCUGGCUGGAAUUCAACGAAACUUUAUGGGAACCUUCAAUACCAAGAGGAGAUGCGCAAAUCAUUGGCUUGUUCCGGUCAGACACUUUAACUCAGAGUUAUGGCCCUUGAUUGGUUAUGCAGUAUGCAUAUAGAGUAAAAAUCGUUUCCGCGCUACUUCUCUGCAACUACUGGCUGGAAUUCAAGGAAACUUUAUGGGAAUCUUCAAUACCAAGAGGAGAUGCGCAUAUCAUUGCCUUGUUCCGGUCAGACACUUUGACUCAGAGUUAUGGCCCUUGAUCAGUUAUGCAGUAUGCAUAAAGAGCAAAAAUCGUUACCGCGCUACUUCUCUGGCUGGAAUUCAAUGAAACUUUAUGGGAACCUUCAAUACCAAGAGAAGAUGCGCAUAUCAUUGCCUUGUUGGGGUUAGUCACUUUAACUCAGAAUUAUGGCCCUUGAUUAGUUAUGCAGUAUGCAUAUAGAAAAAUAUUUGUUUCUCGCUACUUCUCUGCAACUACUGGCUGGAAUUCAAUGAAACUUUAUUGGAACCUUCAAUACCAAAAGGAGAUGCACAUAUUGUCGCCUUGUUCGGGUCAGACAUUUUAACUUAGAGUUAUGACCCUUGAUAACUUAGGCAGUAUACAACCAGAGCAAUAAUCGUUUCAGUGCUACUUCUCUAACUACUGGCUGGAAUUCAAUGAAACUUUAUGGGAUACUAAGAGGAGAUGUGCAUUUAGUCGCCUUGUUCCGGUCAGAUACUUUUAACUCAGAUUUAUGGCCCUUGAUUAGUUAUGCAGUAUGCAUACAUCUCAUUGGCAUUUCCAGAUAUUACUAUUUAACACAAAGUUAUGGCUCUGUUAUUGCCCUGAAUAUAAGUUCAAAGAAUAUUACUGUUUAUGCCAUGAUUAAUAUAUAAAUAAAGCCUUAUGUCUCCAGUUGUUGUGUUAAUAAUAACCAGUACUCGGCGGGGGAUAUAAAUUCAACGAAUUUGCUUGUUACUUUUUAUUUCAGUCUUUGUCCCGUUUUUAUGACAGUAUUGCUGAUGGUAUUUUACAUGGUGGCAAUACACGAUAACUGGAUUACCAAUGAUACAGUUCCACUACAGUCACAGACCUGUACAGAGAAACAUGACAUUGUCUUCCUGAAAAUCCAUAAAACAGGCAGUUCAACAAUAGCAAAUAUUCUACAGAGAUUUGGUUACUAUAGAAACCUUAACUUUGCUCUCCCAAAUAAAACUGAUGGUCAGUUACGGUACAAUUAUUUUGGUGGUAUUGGUGACACAUUAAAACUUGGUAACAUCAUACCGUCAAAACCAAAAUUGAAGAAGUACAAUAUACUGUAUAACCAUGUUAUAUUUAAUCGCAAAUAUUUUGUAAAAAUAUUCCCAAAGAAUACAACAGUUUAUGUAACCAUGGUAAGACAGCCAGUUAACCAGUUUCUAUCUGCAUUAUUAUUCUUUCUUCAUGAGAAAAUUCUAGAUGCAGCCAUGAACAAUAUAACUUAUUACCUGAAAAAUGCUAGUGCUUAUGAACCUGAAAGUCCAUAUCUGUCAUUCACAAAUAACAGACAGGCACUUGACCUUGGUUUCUCCCCAUCAAAGGUCAGGGACAAAAACUAUGUCAGAAGGUAUAUUAAAAUGAUUGAUAGAGUAUUUGACCUUGUUUUAAUUACAGAAUAUUUUGACGAGUCUUUGAUAAUCUUAAAACGAAAAUUGUGCUGGAAUUUUAAAGAUAUUCUAUACAUGAGGAAAAACAAGGCAUAUAAAACAUUUGAUUUUCAACUGAGCUUUGAAGAUAAAAUCUUGCUGAAAGAAUGGGCUAUGGCUGACCAUCUUCUUUAUGAACAUUUUCAUCAGAAGUUUUAUGUUACCCUAAAGAAGGAACCAAACAUAAUGGAGGAGACACAUUAUUUCAAGAUCAUUCUGAAUAAAACACAGAAGUUUUGUAACAGCAACAGUAAUGAUACAAGGCUGAUAAUACCAGCCAGCAAGUGGAACAAACAAUUCACAGUUACUGCCCUUGAUUGUGCCUACAUGAUGUUAGGAGAGCUUAGUUUUCUCAAUAAACUUGUACAUGAAAUUAUAUAUUAAAUAAAAUUUUGAAUUAAAUAAUUAUUCAAAAUAAAUGUU